AUGAAGUCGACAAUCGCCCUGUUGGCGUUGGCCCAAGGCAUCGCAGGCCAUGUCGUGCGACAAGCCGAAGACUGCAAGACCACGGGGAAGGCCGUAUAUCUCAUAACCAACGACGAAGCCAACGCAAUCGUCGCCAUGCCCAUCAAAUCCGACGGCACUCUCGGCGCAGGCACCGUGACCCCAGCAGGCGGAAAAGGAUCGAGCUCGAUAGACGGCAUGACGAACCAACCGGCAGGACCUGAUGCGCUCCUGAGCCAAUCGGCACUCACCGUAGCGGGAGGUUACGUCUUCGCCGUAAACCCCGGCAGCAACUCCCUCAGCAUGCUCUCGAUCUCGAAUCGCGACCCGACCAAACUGACAUUAGUCGGCAAGCCGGCGCCGAUCCCAGGCGAGUUCCCCAACACCGUCGCCGCAUCAGCAAAGAACAAGCUCGUGUGCGUCGGCGCGUCCGGUUCGACCGCCGGAAUCACCUGCGCGCCCUUCACGCGCAAGGGUGUAGGAGCUAUGGACACACUCCGAUCGAUCGAUCUCGGACAAUCGACGCCACCCGUCGGCCCAACCAACACCGUCUCUCAGGCCUUCUUCUCCGAAGACGAGUCCACGCUCUUCACCACCGUAAAGGGCGACCCAGCCGUGAACAAAACCGGUUUCCUCUCUUCUCUCGCGAUACAGCAAGGCCCAUCGUGCGGCGGCUCCUCAGUCGCCUCAGUAUCGCCUAAAGACGCGCGCUUCUCGCCAAACGGCACCGCCGUGCUCUUCGGCUCGCAAAUAAUCCCAGGCACAAACAAUAUCUUCGCCACAGACGCAUCCUUUGGCGCCGCCAUCCUCUCCGUAGACGCAAAGACGGGCCAAGCCUCGGUCGCCGCGAAACAGGUCGUCGCGGACCAAAAAGCGACGUGCUGGUCCGCGUUUUCGAAAAGCACGGGGAGUGUGUACGUGACCGAUGUAGCGAUCCCGCGAGUUCUGGAGAUGAGCGCUAAGGACGCGAGUAUCAUCUCCACGAUCGACUUGUCUGCUGCCGGCGACCCAGGGUUCAUCGACUUGAAGGCGUCGGGCGAUUUCUUGUACGUGCUGUCUCCCGGCAACGGCACGAGCACUGCGACGAUCAAUGUUUUGGAUCUCUCUGGUGGUCAGGGCAAGGCGAAGAGUAUCCAGAGGUUCGAGCUUGGUAUGCAGGCUGGAAAGAGCGCGCAGGGGAUUGCGAUUCUUGAUUAA